UUUUCUUUCUUUCAGGUCAUACACAAUGCGGCGUUAUAGUGUAGAUUUUGAUGAUAUACUAGAAGAAUUGGGAGAAAUAGGAACAUUUCAGAUUUUUAUAUAUGGUCUACUAUGUCUACCCGUACUGUUUUCUGCAUCCGGUAAUAUGAGUUAUGUCUUUACAGCUGGAGUUCCGGAAUACAGGUGCCUCAUACCAGAGUGUGAGGAUCAACUCGAUACAUCGUACAACGUGCCAUGGAUGAAAUGGGCCAUUCCUAAUAAGAUUUCCGAAGACCAGGUUAUCGGAGUAAAAACUGAUCCUUGUUCAAGAUAUAUUCAUGAAAAUGAAUCUUCUGAGUUCAACAGUACUGUUUGUACAGAAAAAUCAUUUACGAAUACCACUGUAGCAUGCUCGGAACUGAUUUUCGACGAGAACGAGAGGACAGUCGUUAAUGAUUUCAACAUCACCUGUUUGGAGAAUCAAUGGAAAAUAUAUCUUGUUGGAACAAUACAUUUUGCAGGCAUAUUGGUCGGCACCUUGGUCUCUGGAAUUUUGGCUGAUUGGUUUGGAAGAAAAUUGAUAUUCAUCUUCUGUAUAUGUCUAAUGAGCGUAACUGGUACGCUUCAAGUACUCUCUCCUGAUUAUAUGACUUUUGUUCUGUUUAUUUUCAUGAAUUCUGUGGGCACUGCGGGGGUUUUCCCUUUAGCAUUAGUUCUAGUUGUCGAGAUGGCUGGAAAAAAGAAUAGGGAAGCGAGUGCUAUAGUCCUCAACUAUUUCUUUGCAAUUGGAGAAGCAAUCGUGGCACUUAUAGCUUGGUAUAGCCGAGAUUGGGUAUAUGUACAGUUGAUCGUUUCAACUCCAGCAUUAUUAUUCGUAGGAUAUUAUUGGAUUAUUCCCGAAUCAGUGCAAUGGCUUCUUGCGAAUGGAAAAAAAGCUGAAGCGAAGCAGGUUAUAUUGAAGGUAGCCAAAAUAAAUAAAGUAACCAUAUCCAAUUCGUUAAAGGAUUACCUAGAUAAAAUGUCAGUGAUUAAGGACGGAGAACCAGACAGCCAAAGGGAAGACACCCUAAGUAUUAUCAAACAAAUGAUGAAAUCACGAAAACUGGUUAUUAGAUUCAUGUUGGUUAUUUUCAUAUGGGGAGUGAUUACUUUCGUAUUUUAUGGACUUUCCGUCAAUUCCACAAGUCUUGGCGGAAAUAAAUAUUUAAAUUUCGCUCUCGUCAGUCUGGUGGAAAUACCAGGAUUUACAAUUUCAUGGAUCUGUAUUCGCAAACUUGGCAGAAGGAUAUCACUAGCUGGAUCCCUAUUACUUUGUGGAGUUACCUGCACAUUAACGAUCUUUAUCAAUACAGUAACAAGUAACUGGGCAGUUGCAACCAUGUUUCUAGUUGGAAAGCUUGGAGCCACAUCAGCUUCUGGAGUAAUUUAUGUUUAUUCUGCCGAAAUAAUCCCUACAGUAAUAAGAAGUGGAGGAGUAGGAACAGCUUCAGCAGUAGCUCGUAUUGGAGCGAUUUUAGCACCAUAUGCUCCUUUUUUGAGUCUAUUCUACAACCCUUUACCAAUGAUUGUGUUUGGUGGAUUGGCAAUUUCAGCUGGUAUUUUGGCAAUGAACUUACCUGAGACCCGUGGAAUCAAGUUACCAGAGACGGUGGAAGAAGCAAUAAACAUAUAAGUGAUACAUAUUUCAAAACUUCAAAUUUCGAUGUCAUGUUCGAAAAUAAUCUUUCGGAAUCAUAUAAUUAAUUUCAAAAAGUAUUGCGUGCAGAUAAUCUCAGUCAUGUAGUACAUUAAAUAUUACCGAAAAUCAA